CACUGGAUCCUCGAAUCCGUAGGCUAAACAUUCUCGGUCUAGCCUGUGGACUUCCAGAGAUGCUCACAAAGUGUUUGAAGAGCCACCCAAUGUGAUGAGAGUUGGGCCUGCUUCUUGCUAAAGUACAACUCGUGCACUUACCUGCUACAGCACAGACCUUGGCACUGAUCGUUGACAACAUGGAGUCACUAUCAGAGCAUCCUUGGGAUGUAAUUAUUGCAGGUACUGGGCUGGAUCAAUCUCUUCUGGCAUUAGCCCUCUCGCGGUCGGGAAAGAAGGUGCUUCACCUGGAUCAGAACUCAUACUAUGGCGGCUCAGAGGCCGCUUUCAGUCUGGACGAGGCUUCAGAGUGGAUGAACAGCGUCAAUCAACAUCCAGGCCGGACUCCAUUUGAAGAUGCCAAGAUUUUCACCCACCAAGACUCACCUGAGUCUGCCCCCUCCACGGUCGACCCUCACACUAGCGAGCGUCCUCAAGGCACGCCAGACGUUCGUCCUAAGCUAGCUGCUAGUCGCGCCUACACGCUUUCUCUUUCCCCAUACUUCCUCUACACCCGCUCAGAACUAAUCUCCAUCCUCAUCUCUUCAAAGGUCUACCGCCAGCUGGAGUUCAUGGCAGUCGGCAGUUGGUGGAUCCACUCCCCGGAACACCCCAAUGCUGAAAGUCUCGAGCUUGGAGCUACACGACUAUUCCACCGAGUUCCUGGUAACCGGGAAGAUGUCUUUGCAGAUAGCAAUAUCAGCAUGAAGUCCAAGAGGACGCUGAUGCGAUUCUUGCGACACAUCAGCAAACCUCAGGACGAGGAAGAGCAGGGCGAGGCGGAGGAAAAGGAGGACCUGUCGAUGCCCUUUGCGGACUAUUUGUCGUCCAAUUUCAGUGUCCCGCAGGAUCUCCAAAAUCCUCUGCUCUCGCUCUCUCUGUCACAGCUACUCCAGCAAGAUACCUCUGCCAGCUAUGCAGUCCCUCGUAUCAAGAGGCACCUAGCUUCAAUCGGUGCCCUGGGACCCGGCUUCGGCGCUGUUGUCUCCAAGUAUGGUGGGGGCUCUGAGAUCCUUCAGGUGGGAUGUAGAGCUUCUGCUGUCGGAGGAGCCGUGUAUGCAUUGGAUACAGGUGUUCAAUCAAUCACGGACGGCGAACUCUCAGCAGAGUCAGAUCACCCUGUCGAGGUGUGUCUGUCGAAUGGGGAGACCGUUCGAACUCGCGUCCUCAUUGGGUCUGCCUGGGAUCUCCCUAGUCUGGAGCAGCCAUCUUUUACAAGGGUUGCAAGAUCGAUUACCAUUGCUUCUUCAACCUUCACAUCACUCUUCCCGGUUACAGCUGAAGGUGCACCCGUACCUGCCAGCACCGUGCUGAUGUUCCCUGGCGAUACACUGGACAGCCCUCAAUCUCCGCCGGUGUACCUCCAGGUCCACUCGAGUGACACCGGCGAUUGUCCACGGCAGCAGAGUAUCAUUUACGGUACCAUCGCUCUUUCCGGUCCGGAAGGUCACACGCUCCUUGAGCGUUCCGUGGAUCGACUUCUUCAAGCAGAAGGUCCCCAGGCCAUUGCGCUGUGGUGCAUGCGGUACAACCAGCUUGGCCGUCUCAGUAACGGUGGAACACCACCCACCAUCCAGACCCGUUCGCCCCAUGUCUUCAACUUCCCGCCGCCUAGCCUUGAUCUGGCGUUUGAGGAUGAGACUGUUGAUAUGAUUAAACAGGCGUGGGUCAAUAUCGUAGGAGAUGGAGUGGCUCAUGAUGAGUUUAUGAUAUUCGAGGACCGCGAAGGCACCUCUGAUGACUGAUGUAGCAUGCCUUCACGAUUUAUGCACCUGGUUAGCUAGACUGGUAGGUAUUUGCACAUAUUAUCAACACAACUGAACAUACUCAUGAACUCAUCUGGGAUUCGUAAACAAUAUAAAAUUCAGAAUAAGGCUCUCAAACUGCGGGUGCGUGAAGUAUUGAAAUUGAAUUCAACCAAAAGUGCUCAAUACCAUUCCCCGAAAUGAAUCCAAUCACCCCAAAUCCAUCCAUCCGUCCAUCCGUAUAAGAUCAUUCACGUUCAUAAACAUUCCACGCCGAACUGAUGUCCGACAUACCUAUACCAUCACUGCCUUCAUCCGCGAUUCACAAACCGAGCUAAAAGUGUCUGAAACUGCUGUCGCGGCAACACAACAGCCGCCGACAAGACCAACGCUCCAAAACCAACAACCCACUUAGUCAGACCACGCGAAAUAUCUCUUCCUUCACGGUCAAACGGCGGCUUCACGGUCGGCACAAGCUUAUUCAACUUUUCUACGGAAUACGGCGGAUACCGCGCAUCCAUGAGCCACUCCAUCCACGCCGGCAUGGCAUCCACAUGCGUCCUCAGAUGCGAGAACUCACGCACACCGUACGGGCCGUGAUAGUAGCCCUGGCCGGAGUGUCCCGUGCCACCGAAUGGCGCAUCGCGCGCGACGACAUGCAGCGUGCAAUCAUUAAACGUCACCCCACCGGACUGAGUCUCGUCCAGGAUGCGGGUUUUCUCGCUUUGAUUAUCUGUGAAGGCGUAGAUACCGAGGGGUCUGUCACCGGCGCGGGUGUAUGUAAGGGCACCGUCGAGGUCUGCAUCCAUGACUGGCAGGAUUGGGCCGAAGAGUUCCUCGGAGAGGAGGGGGUCGCCUGGUUUUACGCCCGUCACGAUUGUGGGCGCGAAGAAGCGGGUUGUGCGGUCGCGUUGGCCGCCGUAGACGAUGUCACCGGCCGUUGAGGACAGCAGUCGGUCGAGUCGGUCGAAGUUGCGCUCGUUGAUGAUGUGUGUGUAGUACUCCGGUCUGGUGUCGCGGCCGCCCAUGAAGGUGUCGAAGUGUUUGAUCAUGCUGUUCACGAGGGCUUCGCG